CUGUUAUGCUGUCACUGAUGCUUCUCUUGAAAAGAUAUGUUCAAGGUGUACCAAGCUACAAGAUUUACACCUCAGCCAGUGUAUGAAAAUAACGAGUAAAGGAGUGUCACACAUUGCUACAUCCUGCCCCAAUCUCAGAACUCUAAUUCUCAAUCAAUGCCAAAAGGUUAAAGACAAUUGUAUGGAGGAUCUCAUUAAAGGAUGUCCAUUGUUAGAACAGUUAAGCUGCAUGAGCUGUGAUCUCUCAGAGUCAGGCCUGAUACACAUUGCUAAGCUUAAACACCUUAAAAUACUAGACCUGUCUUGUAUAUCCAAACUGACUCGAGAUCCAGUUAUGAGGAUUGUUCAACACUGCCCUCUAUUGACAGAUCUGAAUAUUUCCUUAUGUAGUACAAUCGAUGAUGUAUUUAUGGAGCAUGUUGCUAAAUAUGCAAAAAGUUUGAAUCGAUUAAUUGUAGUGAGCUGUAGUAUAACUGACAAAGGACUAACAGCAUUGGCGCAACAUAGUAGGACAGUAGAGCACCUGGAUGUAGGUUGGUGCUCAGGAAUAUCAGACAAGGGUGUAAAAUAUAUCGCAAGGGAGAGCAAGACUUUACGCUAUCUUGGACUAAUGAGAUGUGAUAGUGUACAACAUUCUUCUAUGGAACAGCUUGUCAUUGAGCACCCUCUUAUACAUUUUUCUACGAUGAUUCUUGAUACCCAACGCCUGUUAUCCCGGGCAAGGCGAGAAGGUAUUCAAUUUGAUGAUACCAGUUCUUGAAGUAACAAUGAUUUCAAUUUACAAAAUCUGUUAUGCCAGUCGAUGAAGUAUCCACUAUCCAGCUUGGUGAUACCGGUGUGAAAGAAAUUA